AUGGCUUACCAGGGAGGCACAAAUCCAAACCCAGGGAGCGGCUGGGUGGGCUCGGAUCCGCGAAUGCUACAACCACAGCAUUCUGCUCCAUCGCCAUCUCCCGUCAAUCAUAAUCACAUUCAAGGCCACGGCCAGCGCCAGUACUGGCAGCACAAUGCUCAAAUCCCAUACGCCACGAAUCCGGGUUAUGCGAAUAUCGGCUAUCCACCACCACCUCUUCCUCCUCCUCCCCCGGCGCAGAAUUUCCAACCGCAGUACCACUCACAGUCCCUGCCUCAGCCUCAGCAAGUUCAACAUGCUGCUUUGCAGCCUCACUACGUCGUCUCACCCCAAUAUAUCUCCCCCGCUCAACUGCUCUCCGCCCAACCACAACCACAGCCAGGCAUGGGAAAGCAGUACUCCUCCACCGUAGAGCCCACCAUCGGCCGGACACUCGAAACAGUGAAUAGAAACACUUCGAGAAUGUCGUCGAGCUCUUCCAAUCCUGAGCAGGAUACGGUCAAGCUUCUGGUAGCGUUGGCAGAGGAAUACUUCCAAGCUGCGCAUGAAAUCGCAUCUUCUGUGGUGGCGUCAAUGACGGAGGCUAACGUUGGAGCCUACGAGAAGUUGAUUGCUACGGGAUUGGGCUGCUUGGACACGGCACUGAAGAACUUCAGGCUGCCACCUAGAUUAGAAGCAAACAUUCGGCUACGGUAUGCAGGUGUGUUAUACGAAGAAACCGAAAACUCCCCAGAGGCAGAAACAGCUCUGAGUAAGGGAAUUGCGCUUUGUGAAAGGAAUCAUUAUGACGACCUUAAAUAUGCCAUGCAAUUCCUCCUCGCUCAAUCGAUGGGCAAGAAGAAUUUGAAAGCUUCCGUGAAGGCCUUAACCCAACACGGGGAAGAUGCCCACACUUACUCACACUUUUCAUGGGUCUACGUCUUUCGGUUCCUUACAGCAACGCAUUCGAUCAAAUCUGGCGCGCUCAUUGACUACCACUAUGCCAUCAAUAGUCUUCGUGCCGCAGCUAGUUUGGCAGAAAAGCAAGGCGAUCAUGCCAUUUUUCUUACAGCAUCACUCUUGGAGGCCAUCACCUACAUGAAGACCACAGGUCCGGAAGCUACGGAGAAUGUGCAAAGAGCCAUCGCUGCUGCCUGGAAGUACCAAGAGGAACCACGGUGCAAGAUCCCGCAGCUCACGGGUCUGACCCACAUUCUCGCUGUGUGCUGUAGUAUCAGACAAGGGGUCUCUCAGGACAUGGUUGAAAAAUUGAAGGCAAUGCAAUCAAUGAUGGACGAAUCGCUGAAAACAGCGCGGGACUGGAGCACCAUAGACGAUGCCAUUAGAAUCCCCAUUAGACGGACUCCAAAGAGCUCGCAUGUCGUGAGCCGAGACACGCGGAUGGUACUGGGAAUCGGCGCAGAUGGUGGAGAUAACCUCAUGAUGUGCUUCUUAAACAAGAAGGACACAUACUGCGUCACAUAUCUCCUUUCAGGAUUGGUCCUAUUACAUAAAAAUUCAUCGGAUCAAAAGGGGUUCAAAUACCUGAAGGCCGGCUUGGACAUGUUAGAAGACACCCGCAUGCCGAAGAAACAUCAUGGUUCGCUACCGGAAUUAUUCGCCAAUCGCCAGUGGCGAGGCCUGUUGUUGUGUUACUUUCGCGUUUACAUGGCGUUCUCAUCGGCUGGUGCAGGAGACUGGCUGGACGUGAAGCGUUACCUCGACGAAUUGGAGGCAACGACACUAAAGUUCGGUAUUCCACUAGAAGGUACCUUGGAUCAUUUCGUAGUAUAUCUCUCAGGGGUUUACUAUCAAGGUAUUGGGGAGCUCGACCUUGCCUUGAAGAGAUUCCAACAUCGGAGAUUUGACCUCUCUGCGACUAAGAACUCCAACGCUACUUUGACCGACCAGAUGCUUCGGGACCUCUCAAUUCUAGCUGCUCUGAACGAACUCUGGAUCCUGCAAGACCUGCCUCGGCGAGAUAUCUCUCAGAAUAUGUCUUUGAUGGACAAGUUGAAACCUCUCUGUCAAAAUCAUCCAAAUAUCGACGUCCAGACAGCAUUUAACUUGAUCGCGGCAACUGUAAGGAGGAAUCCUCCUACGCAAACUUUCGAGAUCAAAAACUAUCUGCGACUUGCCCUUUCUGGGGCCAAGAUAACAGCUAAUACCCAGUUCUUGUGCAUCACCUUGAACGUUAUGUGUAGUAGAUUCUUCAGCAAUGUCGUGGGCGAUCAGGCCGAGAAGAGCGCUAUGGCCGCGUCGACACAAGCCACAAAUAGUGGAAAUGUCCUCUGGAAAAGCGUGGCUGACGGGAUGCUAGCGAGAUGUUUUCAGCUUCAAGGAAAGACUGAACUGGCUGAACAUACCCUAUUGGAAGCCCAGUCCAAUGCCCAGAAAGCGUUGCGAGGCUCUUCAAGUUCCAAGGCCGCUUGA